AAAUUAAAUGUGUACUUAACGUUUCGGUAUAUUUUAUUUUCAGUCUAGCAAGACGGUAAUUUAUUAGACACCUCUCGCAGUCACUCCACGAGGCACAAACGCGAUACACUACACUGUCAUAUAAUAUAGUCGGUACUAUAGUCCGUGUGCACUGUGCAUCAAGAUUCGACAUCAGUUAGAUUUUUUCUUCAGUCUAGCAAUAUAGCAAGUAGAGACCAUCCAGUAUCACUUCCCAAGGUCCAGACUCCAAAUUGCCACAGUCGUCAUUCAGUACUAUAACUAUUACCUAUAUAAUAUAGUCCGUGUGAACUGUGCAUCGAAAUUCGACAUCAGAAUGAUAGGAAUUUUAUAAUUUACUAGUUACUGUACUGAUUUGAAUUCAACCACAAUAAAUACAAAAUAGGUAAUAGAAAUGGACGCCUUACAGACUUCAUCAUGUGAAAGUGAUCCAAAGCAAGAUCUGACAUCCAAAGAAUGUGAACCAAAAAAUUUUAGAAAUAACUCUCACUCAGUCAGAAUACUGGAAGACUUACAAUCUCUGCGAAAAAAUGAAGUUUUGUGUGAUAUUAGAUUUGAAACUGAUGAUGGAUGUGCAACGUUUGGUCAUAAAAAUGUUUUAAUGGCUGCUAGUCCAUAUUUCCGUGAAAUGUUCAGUAAUUAUUUUGAUGAGAGCAUUAGUUAUAUUAUUAUUAAGGGCGUAAGAUCAGUCACUUUUUUGGUACAAAAACAUAACUUACAUGAAAUAUUCUCGCCACGCCAUCCGCAUACUAGUCAGAUUUCGUUCUUUUUAUAUAAAAGAAGAGAACAUUUUGCAGGUCAAAUUAUAGCCCAAUUUUCAAAAUUGACAUAUCAACGAGGCUUGAGAGAUUUUUCUGUUAAGUCAUUUUUAUUAAUAUAAUACACCCCUUUAACCCCCCUCGUCUCCUUCUCUAUAGAAAUCGGGCAGUAGUUUAGUGGAAAAGUGUUAUUACAGGUCACAACUAAAAUAUAAAAUAUAUUUUAAAAUU